UGCCCCGUCUGAUGCACCCAAUCCCGCAGCCCGCCAAGAUCCCGUUCCGUCGUCCUCGGUUAUCCCGAUUCCGCGUUUAAUACCCCGUCGAAGUCCCGACCCUUUGUAUCGCUCCCGUUUCUUGCUCCGCCGCCUUCAGCGGUUCCGCCCCCUUUCUCCGAUCCAGCCCCCUUCAACUCUAGCCGUCGGAAAUUCCCGUCUUCGUUGGAGUGUAGCGGUGAUGGACCGGAUGCGGGCCGGCAGCCCGGCAUACUCGCGGCAGGGAAGCGGGGCGUCAAGCGGGUCGGGAUCCUCUUCGCCGGGCUUCUCGCCUGGGCACAGCCGUUCGGUCUCUGCAUCCAGCUUAUCCGGUAUCAGGCGGACCCAGAAUCUUGCAGCAAAGGCUGCCAGCGCUCGCCUAGCCCAGGUCAUGGCGACUCAGGCAACCGAUGACGAGGAUGAGGAUGACCUUGUCUUCGCCUCCGGAUCCGGCGUUGUUUCGGGGAUUCGGUAUGGCUUGCCGAGGCAAGUGGGAGGCAGUAACGGCGGCGUCGGUGCGGCCGCAAGUAGCCCCUCGUUGCUUGGGAGAUCGGCCAGGUCACCCUCGCCUGCGUUAGGUAGGAAUUUUGUAGAGUCUGUCUCAGCAAAUCGCUCUUCGUCAGUUGGGAGGACAACAUUACCAGGUCGUAUGACACCAAUGGUGCCCCCAGCCAAAACAACAGCAAGGAGCCCAUCUCCAAUUCCUGCCAUAGAGCCUCCUGUGAACAAGCGAAUAGGUAAAAGAUUCCCAGAGAUGGGGAUGGGGCCUCGGAACCCUAGAGAACCAAGUGAUCGGAGUGAGGCUUUUGCUCUUCAGGACAAGCUUGACAUGGUAGAAGAAGAGAAUUACAGCCUUCUUGAAAAGCUACAACUUGCUGAAGAGAGAUGCCAGGAAGCAGAAGCCAGGUCUAGGGAGCUAGAGAAACAGGUUGCUAAUCUUGGUGAAGGGGUAUCUUUGGAGGCCCGUCUACUGAGUAGGAAAGAAGCAGCACUGCGCCAAAGAGAGGACGCUAUUAAGUCUGCAAUAAGAGAGAAGGAUGAAAAUAGCGAGGAGCUAACUGCUCUUAGACAGCAAGUGGAGUCUGCAAGGGAUGAAGUUGCAACCAUAAUGGAUCAAUUCAAGGGUGCGGAAUUGGAAAUAAAUGCAUUAAGCGCCAUGACACAAAGAAUGGUCUUAAGCCAAGAAGAAAUGGAAGAGGUUGUUCUCAAAAGGUGUUGGCUUGCUCGAUAUUGGGCCUUAGCUGUUCAACAUGGAAUCUAUCCAGAGAUUGCAGCAGCCAAACACGAGUACUGGUCAUCAUUAGCUCCUAUACCUCUUGAAGUGGUCGCCUCUGCAGGUCAAAAAGCAAAGGAUGAGUUUUGGAGCAAUGCUUUUAAUGACUCUGAGAAGAGAAAUAAACUGGGUCGUGCUGCAAGUGAUGCAAUGGCUGAAGGUAACAUUGAAAGCAUGCUAGCAGUAGAAAAAGGUCUAAGAGAACUUGCUUCUAUAAAGGUUGAGGAUGCUGUCAUUCUUGCACUUGCUGAGCAUCGGCGUCCUAAUUUACUUCGGCAAUCAACACCAGAUUUUAAAUCACCAGGCAAUCCUAAAUUCAUGGAAGCAUUUGAACUAAGCCAAGAAGAGAUGGAAGAUGUCUUGUUUAAGCAGUCAUGGCUCACAUACUUUUGGCGAAGAGCAAAAACCCACAGUGUAGAAGAAGAUAUAGCAGACGACCGGCUGCAAUUUUGGAUAGAUCGCAUGGGCCAAUCACCAACUUCUCAUGACGUUGUUGAUGUGGAACGAGGAUUAAUAGAGCUGAGGAAACUGGGCAUUGAGCAGCAGCUAUGGGAAGCAUGUCGCAGGGAAAUUGAUGCCCAUCAAAAGCCACCAGCUGAUGCAGAAGAAAACUUGUAGCUUGUGAUGAAUAACAGCAUACUUUUAUCCAAUUCAUUUCAUGGUUGUUUUUCUCAUUCAAUCGGUUCGCUGAAAUUGAUAAUAGAUGCCAUGCUGCCUUUUAAUACUUCAAACUGCAUCAAGAUACCUAUCAUUCGCACUUCAUAUAGUAAAGCUUCUGUGUACAUAGCAUGUAGCAUGUAGCAUGUGGCAUGUGGCAAAAGACAAUUACACUCGCCCCCAAGACCCAGGAUACUGUGUACAUAGCAUGCUCAUAUAGUUGUGUUGUGUGCUUUCUAUACAUGUGUACGUGAACAUUUUUUUUUUAAUGUGUAUGUGAACGUUCAGUAUACAAGUUGUCAACGUGUAAUUUCUUUUGUAAAAUGGGGUCCAAUAUGUAAAGCAUUUGAUUACAGAGGCAUCGUAUAAUCUCCUGGUGAAUGAA